AUGAGCGAACUUUAAUUAAUUCGUCCGCUCUAUUAAUAGGGUUCAGUGAUGAAAGAGUUAACCAUAGCCUCCCUACAAACUGCAAUGAGCUUUUUAUUAGAAUAUCUACCUAAUACAAUAUCGAUAUAUUUGCUAGAAUUCAAAGAAGACUCUUUAUUGGUAGGAGCUUUGGGACUAGGAAUUCUUACAACACAAGCAUUCGGAAUGGGAAUAUUAAAUGGUUUAGCUACAGGAUUGGAAACCUUAGUCUCAUAGGCUUAUGGGGGAAAUCAUUAUGAAUUAUGUGCAAAGUUGUAUUAUAGAUCGUUGUUUUUGUGCACCUUGUUUAUGAUUCCUAUUUCACUAUUCUUGAUAUUCUCAACAUAAAUAAUCUCCUUUAUCAACAAGUACAAGUGCUGGUUUACUUUAGCAAUACAGAAUUAGCAGAAGAAACAGGACAUUUCAAUAGAUUUAUGAUAUUAGCAGUAUACUUGAAUGCAAUCUUUGUGAACACCAAAGUAUUUCUGAAUGGUUAAAACAUUUACAAAUAUCAAUUCUAUACAUAGCUUGUGACAUGCAUCCUUUUUCUUGGUAUAAGUUACUUUUUGGUUGUGAAAUAGGAAUUAGGUAUAGUAGGUUGUGCAUUAAGUUUAACAAUUUUGGAUCUUUUGAAUAAUAUAAUCUUAUUUUCUUUAAUUUUCAUAACUAAAUGCAGUUAAGCUACUUUAUUUAAAUUUAAACUAAGUUAUUUAAAAAAUACAUUCAAAUUUUUGAAAUAAGCAAUACCUAUAGGUUCAAUAUAAUGGUUAGAGUGGGUAAGUUUUGAUUUUUAUGUAAUUUUAAUUAGUUAUCUAAAAACUUCAACUAUAAGUGCUCAUGUAUUAAUGUCUAAUUUUGCAGGAUUUUUAUAUCAAUUCAGUUAUGGUAUUUCAAUAGCAUCUACUACAUUUGUUGGAAAUGAAAUGGGAAGAAAGAAAGUGGAUAUGGCUAUAAAAUACACUAAAGCUACAUUUUUAAUAGAUGGAAUCUUCUUAAUAAUAACAUUAGGAUUAUUUUCAAUUUUUGGAAAGACUAUAAUUUAAUAUUUGAGUGAAGAUAAAAAUGUUAUUGAAGAAAUCAAUAAUUCGAUCUAUCUUUUAGUUGCAUUCAUUUUUUUGGAUGGUAAUAUAAUAUAUAUAAUAAUAAUAGGUUUAUAAGCCAUUAUUUCAGGAUUAGUAAGAGCUAUAGGAAGAUAAGCAAGUGCUUCUAUUACAUUUAUAUUAUGUUAUUUGGUUUUAGGAGAAAUAAUUGGAUAUUUUCUUUGUUAUUCUGCUGAUAUGGGACUUAAGGGAGUGUGGAUAGGAAUUGUGAUAGGUGCAUUAAUUUAUGAUAUUAUACAAUUUGUGAAUUUAAUAUGGAAAGAUUGGGAGGUAUUGUCUGAGAUUAUAAUUGAUAAAUUAAUGAUUUUACAUUAAUAAUAGAAUAUUGUACUUUAAGAUGAUGAAAUGUGA